AUGCCGCUCAAGCUCGUGUUCAUCGUCGUUGCUCCGGUGGCCUUGACGUGCGGCAUACUGCAACUCUCCGGCGUCCCCUGGCGAACCAAUGUAGGCAUCGGCAGCGUUCUGCUCGCCUUCCUCUUCGUCGUCGGGCUGUGCGAGCGCCUGCGCUCUGGCGCUAGGCCGCAUCGCCAGCUCCCGCAACAACCGGAGAGGGAUCAGUCCAUGGCAGCACUUCCACGGGAACCGGCCGUGGGGCUAGGCCGGGCGGCGAUCGCCGGCCUGCCCGUGUACAAGUACGAGAAGCUGAGGUGCGGCGGCGGAGACAGCCACGAGUGCGCGGUGUGCCUCGCCGAGGUCAGGCCCAAGGAGGUGGUGAAGCAGCUGCCGGCGUGCACGCACCUCUUCCAUGACCGGUGCAUCGAUGAUUGGCUCUGGUCUCACAGGACGUGCCCGGUCUGCCGGUCUCCGGUUGUUGCCUCCACCGUGCCGGCCGUCGAAGUUGCUGCCCGUGCUAUGCAAUCUGUCUAG